AUGUACCAAGCGGUUGGGGAUUGCCUAAAAGACAGCUUGGGAAGGAAGAGUAUUAAGGUUAUAAUAGCGGAUGAUCGCGCGCUGCGGAUACUAAAUGCGUUUGUUUCGUUUUCGGAUUUGCUAAGAGCAGGAGUUGUCGACGUGCUGGUACUAGGCCGCGAAACAAGCGGCAGGGAAACAAUCGGCCCGGAAACAAGCAAUACAAUAUCGGUUGCCGAAGCGAUGCCAAAGCUUAAUCCAUCCAUAGAAGUUCUAUGCUAUAUUGUCCCCAGCAGCUUGAACUUGGUGGAGAAGGAGAUUUUCAGCCACAGUGCUGAUUGUCGUAGACGACUGAAGAUUAUGUUCAUAGACAAGCCUGGUGACGGUGUGCUAGAGCGCUUGGCAAGACUCGACGCGGAGAGAUGCUUAGUGGAGAAGGUAGAGUUUCUCCCCAUCAAUUUUGUCAUGAUUACGGACAACGUCUUUAGUGCGGGCUUGAUCCAGAGCAAAGUUCAGAGAGCUCGGGACGGCGGCAGGACACUUCCUGUUGAUCCAAGUGACUGGUCAUCGCAGGAUCACCAUAACAUACGUGAGGGUAUUCGGUCCUGCAUAUCGUUUUCUAUGGUGGCUAACACGCUCUUUGGUUGUCAGGUCCAAGAUGUACCUUUUGUAUUGAUUAAUAGUUCGAGCAAGGCAGCCCACGCCGCUUCCAGCGUAUUCCUGAGGGACUGGGAAUCCACGACAGGAGGCAGUGGUAUAGCGACAGGAGGCAGUGGUAUAGCGACAGGAGGCAGUGGUAUAGCGACAGGGGCAAGGGGUGCUUUAGUCAUCCUAGAUAGGAGCGACGACCCCAUUAUUGGUCUCCUUAGUCCAUGGUCUUACCAGGCAAUGAUAUACGAGUAUUUACAGGUAGAGAACAACAGCGUAAUAUUUGAAGACGGUUCGCAAGUGAACUUAAAAGACGACCCGUUUCUCAAGGAACACGGAAACGAUUCCUACGGGGCCCUGGCGACCACGCUGACCACGGCCGCACAAUCCAGGGCGGCCAGCGCUCUGGCCGCAUCGAACCACCCGGGGUUGCCCAACCCACUUUCCAACUCAGUAGGAGGACUGCCCAACCCGGGGCAGUCCAAUUCCGAUGUGUACACUUCCGACUUGUCCACCCCGCUGAAGACCGUAACAACGGACCUUCAAGACAUCAACAAACAUGUUAAAAUAAUGCAUGCCAUUACCCAGCAACUGAACACAAGACACACGUUCGACUUAUGGGAGAUUGAGACCCAAAUUCUGCGGUCGCCAAUGUUCCCAAACGCGCGUGCGAAUACACUUUCCCUCAUCGAACAGAUGGUCGCUGACCCGCGCUACUUCGAAACUGACAAGAAAAGACUCGUCACUCUUUACGCAUAUAUUACACAACUCAACGGAGACGCGAUACCACAAACGAUCAACGGACUGAGCGACUGCAAACUACAACAAUGGACAUACCAAGUCCAACAAUCUCGACCACUACAAGUGAAUUGCACUGCGAGUAAAAUUGUCGACGCCGUUGGUCAACUUAUCAACAGUAAGGGGACGGAACGCACAUGA